AAGCAUCCCCUCACACAUCAUUCAACACCAGGGUAUAGCAUUGCCUAAUUGGUUAUCCAUUCAUUGGUACCAUUAUAUGCUGUACUUCAUGUUCGCUUCAUUCUUACUCACCCGCUUCAUAUAAUUGAGGUCGCCCUCGCCGCCGUCCACGCGUACACGUAGGCCUCAAGGCAGUUGCGCAUCGGCCCAGCAGUCGCCAUGGUCGCCCCUCGCAAAGCUGCACUCCUCGAGGAGAGCGCGGAAGUCGAAGUGCUCUUCGCCAACAUGGAAAAGAUGAAGACACUCACAAAGAAGAUCCAAGGCUCUGUCAAUAGACUAGACGCGAGCGGAAAGGCAGUCCAGGAAGCAAUCGGCCCAAUCUACGGCAACACCCAGAAGCUGCAGAUAGCCAACACGAAUGUCGAUCGUAUAAUAGACGCAAUUGAACGACUCCGAGCUCCACGAGAAGAGAGUGCAAAGGAAGAGAGGAUUAUUCGCGCUGGACCUGGACGGGGAGAUCUUGACGGUUACAUUGCUUCCCUCGACCGCACGAACAUGAGCCUUGCAGAUCUCAAGCGUACCAAUCUUCGCUCCAACGAACAGGCUGUCGCAGAGCUCAGCGGGCUCUUGAAAAUGGGUAACAAGCAGUUGGAGGAUGUGUUCCGCAGCAUAUUGCAAGACAGCGCCCGAGAGAAGGUCCAGGCAUUGGAAUUUGUUGCGAAGCAAAAUCCGUUCCCUCGCAUACCUCAAGAUAAGCUUCAGAGCCUACGCAGCAUCAAUUCGCAUAUCUCCAAAUCAUUCGCCCAAUUAUCGCAGAUCGAUCUCUCACAAACUCCCACACGCCGAAUAUACGCAGACGUCCGGGGUGAAUACCUAGAGAGCACAUUGAGGAGUCUCAUGCAGGCGACCAUAAGCACAGCCCGGAAGGUGCAGGCAGAUGCGCUGUACAAGAAGGGUACUAAUGGUAUCGGGACAUACGUGCAGGCGAUAGAGGGUCUAUUUGUGGCAGAGUUUGAUAACUUGAACUACGUCUUUGACAGGGAGGAAUGGAGCGACGUCUAUGAGUCAACGUGCCAGGUCCCGCUGCAGGACUUUACGAAAACGCUGCGCGAAUUGAACGGGCAUAUUCAGAAGAACCUGUUGACAGACUGCUUCCUUGGAUUUGAGAUCUGCGGCAUGGUCCGGACGCUAUCGAUGCGACUUCAAAAGCAGACGGGAGCGCUGAAGGACCAGAUCUAUGACAGCGUGAAGCCGGUUCGUGAGACGUCGAAAAUGUCAUUGAGCAAGAUGUUGGAAGACACGAGGUCGAAAACACAGGCUCUCAUCGCCGUUCCUAUCGAUGGUGGUCCUGUCGACAUUACAACGCAGACGAUGCGACGCCUGCAAGAGAUGACUAACUACCUCGAACCUCUCGCGUCGAUAUUGGCAUCGUUAGGAGAGGGUGGCUGGAACUCGGGGACAGCUAAUAACUCCUCCACGGCUCUGGACGUUGGACCGGACGGCGUAAAGUUGUUCGGGUCCUAUGCAGCCGAUACCGUUGACACACUACUGCAGAAUUUGAUUGGAAAAGCAAAGAUGUUGUUGAAGGGCAAGAAUUUACAGGGUAUCUUCAUGGCAAACAACGUCGCCAUCAUCACGCGCAUCAUUCGCUCUUCGGAACUCGCACCACUCAUGGACGACUACUCCAAGAAGCUUGCCGACUGGCGUAAGCAAGGUACAGCCAUGUACCUUGAAGCGUGGCGUGAGCCAUCAGGGUAUCUACUGGAUGUGCAGUACACAAACCGUAGCAAGGAGCGACCAACAUCAGGCGGUGCAGAUUCGGCAGCUAUCGUGAAGUCUCUUAGCUCGAAAGACAAGGAUGCGAUCAAAGAAAAGUUCAAGAACUUCAAUACAAGCUUCGACGACCUUGUCACACGGCACAAGUCGUACGCAAUGGAACCCGAAGUGCGGAACCAGCUUUCCAAGGAGGUACAGAACAUCAUUGAGCCACUGUACAAUAGGUUCUACGACCGCUACCGGGAGAUCGACAAGGGAAAGGGCAAGUACGUUAAGUAUGACAAGACUGAGUUGAACAGGGCAUUGGCGAGCUUUGCAUAGCGGGGUGCGGUGACUGCGGCGUUGGUUUGGAUUUGUUUGCCUGGGACAUGCGCAAAAUACCCUUUGAUUUGCAUAGAUAAGAUGAUGAGCUGGUAUGGGUAUACAGGGGGAGCGAUGUAAUUGGAUAGGUGUCGAGUCUGGCACCCCGUGUACUGUAGUGCCACGCUGCAGCAGCAUGAGAGUCAGCGUUGGAGAUGAGACGGCGGUGUCGAAGUCAUGGCAGAUAGUCAUAAUGAAGCAGCGACCUAAUGUCUACUAGGUAGUAACGCGCUGCUCGUGCCUUCUAAUUAGCCACACGUGACGCUACCUCUUUGGGAAGCACGGUU